AUUGGUCGCCCGCGCCCCCCUCCACCCCUCCCCCGGUCUAUUCCCUACCAACAUGGCGGACAGCGCCGAGUCGCGCGUGGAGGAGACGGCAGCGGGAGACGCGCAGCUAGAGCAGGCGGAACGCCUCAAGGCCAAGGCUAACGACUACUUCAACGUGAAGGACUACGACAAUGCCAUCAAGUUUUACACGGACGCCAUCGCACUGUGCGCCGACAACGCCAUCUACUAUGGCAAUCGCAGCCUGUCGUACCUGCGCACCGAGUGCUACGGCUAUGCGCUCGCGGACGCGACGCGCGCUCUCGAGCUUGACAAGGCGUACAUCAAGGGCUACUACCGGCGCGCCACCGCCAAAAUGGCACUGGGAAAGUUCAAGGAGGCGCUCAAGGACUACGAGACGGUGGUGAAAGUAAAACCCAACGACAAGGACGCCAAGCUCAAGUACCAGGAGUGCAGCAAGAUCGUGAAGCGCAAGGCGUUUGAACGCGCCAUAGCGAGCGACGACAGCAAGAAGUCUGUGGCCGAUGCCUUGGACCUGGAUAGCAUGGCCAUUGAGGAUGACUACACCGGACCGAAGGUAGAUAAUGGCCAAGUGACGAUCACGUUCAUGAAGGAGCUCAUUGAAUGGUUCAAGGAUCAAAAAAAACUGCACAGGAAAUAUGCCUAUCAGAUCCUCCUCCAGGUCAAGCAAAGUCUUCAGAAGUUACCCAGUCUGGUGGAGGUGACAAUAAAAGAUGGUGACAUGAUUACCGUCUGUGGAGAUAUUCAUGGUCAAUAUUUUGACCUACUACACAUUUUUGAGCUCAAUGGGCUCCCAUCUGAAACAAAUCCUUACGUAUUCAAUGGCGAUUUUGUAGACAGAGGCUCCUGGUCGGUGGAAGUUAUACUCGUCCUGUUCGGAUUCAAGCUUCUCUACCCAGACCACUUCCAUUUAAUGCGAGGUAAUCACGAGACGGACAACAUGAACCAGAUGUACGGCUUCGAAGGGGAGGUGAAGGCCAAGUACACGGCUCAGAUGUUCGACUUCUUCAGUGAAGUGUUCCAGUGGCUUCCCCUCGCCAUGUGCAUCAACAGCAGAGUGCUGAUAAUGCAUGGUGGCCUGUUCAGCGAGGACGGAGUCACGCUGGACGAUAUCCGCAAGAUCGAUCGGAACCGCCAGCCGCCAGACUCGGGUCCCAUGUGUGACUUGCUGUGGUCAGACCCACAACCACAGCCUGGCCGUUCGGUGAGUAAGCGCGGCGUUAGCUGCCAGUUUGGGCCGGACGUGAGCCGGGCCUUCAUGGAGCAGAACAACCUCGAGCUGAUCAUCCGCAGCCACGAGGUGAAGCCGGACGGCUAUGAGGUGGCCCACGACGGCCGCUGCGUCACCGUCUUCUCUGCGCCCAACUACUGUGACCAGAUGGGCAACAAAGGCUCCUACAUUCAUCUGACGGCUCCCGCAUUAAAACCGGAGUUCCAUGAAUUUGCGGCCGUUCCUCACCCGAAUGUGAAGCCCAUGGCCUAUGCCAACGCUCUCAUGCGCAUGGGGAUGAUGUGAGCUCUGCAAUGCAAAAGGGGGGGGACCUGCAAAGACUCGCCACCGCGUUGUUGAGCGGUGGAUGGGUUUGUGCAGGCAUGGACAAAAAUGAAACGCAAGGAGGGAAGAACAAGGCUAUCCUCCCUCCCACCUUCACCAACUUGCCCCCAACCACGCAUUCCCGUGAAACAAGACGACCCCACGCAGCCCACCAAACUCCUACCUCUAGCAGGCUGCCUCAAGCUCCUUCUCAAACCGCUCUUAUGGAAAAGCAACGGUCAUUAUUUAUUCUCUCACCUGUGCUUUAAAAAAAAAAUACCCAUUAAAAUGUCAAGCCAAGAAUUAAUUUUCAAAGAUCUUACCAUGAAACGUCUCUGACUCUCCCAAUUUGCAGUUGAUAUGAACCAACAGGUUUGUUAAAUCCUCUCAAAUUUGAUCGGUACCUGGUGAGUUUAUUAUUGAAUAGCUGUGAAACAGGGAUUCCUCUGUCAUGUGUAUGUUUAAACUAGGUAAGCCCUGAUUAUGUUUGUUCCUUGUGAUAGUUGUAGUUGGAAUAAGGGGAGGAUGGUGCAAGUACAAUGCCUGUCCUGCCCUUCUCUCUCCAAAUAAGAACACAUCUUGCUCCUUGGUGUGCAUGUAAGACCUAUAACACAAAUUGAAAUCUUAUUUCACGUACCAUGUUCAUUCUUACCAACGAAAACUUGCAAAAUGUCACAGUUUGCGCCUCCUUCCAGUGCAGAUGCAUGUCUUUACAAAGGCAGUAAAACACAUUAACAACCUGUACUAAUUCGAAUGUCUUGGACCAAAUCCCAGAGUUAUCGCAAGGAACAUCCAACCAUGUGCGUACCUAGUAAAACUCUGCCAUUUGGGAGAAAAAAGAACACCUGGUAUUUUUGCUGAAUGAAGUGUGCAAUCAGCAUUCAUGAACCAGAGCUCUACACGUUGCAUACCUGAACCCCGCACAGCCAUGGAGCUACCGGUCUUGUCGUAGACUUCUGCCAGAUAUCCCUUGAGGGCCUCUUUCGCAUAAAUGCUAAUCUGAGCCGUCUUUAUUUUCACAAAAAAUAGGAUUUAUUCUGCACAGUUCUGCCAAAAUAAACCCUCGGAACUGGGGUGUGCUGACUUAAAAUGCUUAUCUUUUGCAUUGUUCAAAUAUCAGUUGUAAAGCUGGGAUGAUCAAACGUUGCCAUUGACAACUUGCUUUAUUUUCUUUUAGGGUGGCUACUCAAUUAAAACCCAAUGAUUUGAGUGGCACAGGCACAGUGUUUUGACGCGGUUAUUCACCCCCUGAGCCAUCCAGCGACUUAGCACUCACAGAUGACACGUGGGGAAAGCACUCAAAAUUUGGAAGCACCAGGAACAUUUGUGCUUAUUUUUUAAUCCAGUAACAGUAUGGGAAUCGGUGCAGUGCUCACUCUGCCUGCCUUAUUGGGUUAUAACAUGAGCUGGAUACGUGUGCUCGAGGGAAGUGAGCUAUUUUGCUUGAGGUUAAUAUUUCCGCUGAAUUAGCAAGGUUUUUGAAAGGUACAUCUGCGUAAACGUUAGCAUUUUUGGCCAUUUAUUUUACACGUGAUCGGCUGCACUGGCUAUGAGAAGAGAAAUUUAAAAAGUUUAACAUUUGCAAUGCAGCAGGCAAAAGAACUGCGGUUUAACCAUUUUAUCAUCAACAUAGAGCUGGCCUUGAUCCAUCCCUUGAAUACAUAUUUUAAAAGUUGUGCAAAUGUUUUGACAGCCAUUUAGCUCUGCUGUCAGUAUAGACUCAACUUUGGCACCCAAAUUUUCCAAUGCUAAAGUAGGGACAUUGAAAGUUGGCUGGAAGUGGCUUGCGCUCAUUGUUGACGUUCAUAUUGAAUACGGUGGGUGACCUUUUAACAUCGUAAAAAUGUUACACAUUCUUCAAUAACUCUGCCAUGAACGUAAAAAUACAUGGCACGUGCUACGAAGAAGUGCUGUUGCCUGAAUGUCACAUUUAGCAUUUUAAGGCCACAGUGUUAUUGAUGAAUGUGUUGUGUUUAAUUUAGUUCAUUUUGCUCGUACAGCACGAUCAACGCAGACUUUUAACAUCGUGGCUAUCCAACGCAGCAGCAUCGCCCACAUUGUUUAAUUUUAACACGGCUAAACAUUGGGUGUGGAAGGCACACUGUACGAUAAAUACUGUAUUUUUUAUAUUCAAAGAAAACUGAGAACAUUUACGUUAUCAUUGUGCAAGCACUGAACACAUUGUGAUGGUAAACUUUAUUUUGUGAUGAAUUACAGGAAUUUUGUUUUAUCGUUGGUUAGUACAACACUCACUGGAGCCACACGAUUUAAAUCCAUUUCACCUGAAAUUUGCAAACAGCCUUGCCUUUUAAUGUGGGCUGCCCUGCUUUAAAAAAAAACCACGUGAAUUGCUUGAAAACCGGCAUAAGAAUUAUACAUCCAAGCAGCAGUGUUUAAAUAAUUGUAGAUUGAAGUCAUCAGAUAACUUGCUUUUUUGUAAUGUUUACUCGCUUACCAUUUUUGUUUUGUUUUUAUGUUACGGAAACGUGACGUCAAUUCAAAAAUGCCCAGCAAAUGUGGGAAGAGCGGCCUCCAUAGGGAGGCAACGGCUUGGAAGGUGAAAGCCGCACUCGAAUGAUCCCUCGACGAGCUCAAGUGAGCAAGUGGAUGUGGCGUUCGCGCUUUCUAACGGCCUCUCACGGCGUAGGGCAUGUCGGCAGAGCAUCGAUGCAAAGUUACUGGGUUUUUUUUUGGUCCUAGUUCGGAGCAUAGCCGCGUGAAGCUUAAAGCCUCCGAAACAUCUUGUGUACAUUUGUGAUGUAAUGUUACCUCGCCGACAAAUAUUUGCAUUAAAUUGCGAAGCAUGGCUACAGCAGAAUGAGUGACACGCAAAUGUUAUGAGACUUUGACUGCCGACCUCUUAAGGUGUUUGUUACUGGCCACUUGUGGUUAUGGGCCUUUGAACCUGUGCUCAGCGACUGCGUGAACAAAAGGUUGUGUCCCUGCUGACCUAUGCUAAAAUCCUAUGGAAAUUGUCAAAUAUCGUGUGGUGUCCGGCAACGGAAACCUGGGGAAAUCCGGAUUCACCCAAGUGUUGUUGAUGAUUUAAUUUGCCGUGACAAAUUAAGCUAGGACUCUGCAAUACGUUUAUCUCAAUAGUGUACAUCUGAGUGUGUUACGUGCAGUUAAUAAUUUAGUGUUUCUCUUUUUAUAAUUGAGCAUUUGGUUCUUCUGCUGAAAGCCAGCAUUGAUUUUUUUGCUGUGCAUUCCAGGGGCAAGACAUUUAAGAGAGAUCUCAUUCGACUGGUUAUGUUCUAAUGGUUAGAGGCGUGUGUUAUUGUGUACACAAUGCAGUGUGUAUAUAAUUGUUUUUUAAAGUUUUUUUAGGGGAGGGAGGGGAUACAUUAAUGUUGACCAUUGCCACCAUUGAACCAUUUUCCCCAAUUCGUUUUUUUUCUUAACUGGUGUAAUGUCAACUUGAAAUUUGCUCAGCUUUAAUUUUCUACCCACUUUCUCACCAGAUGCGCGUGUGACCUUAUUCGCAAACGUGUGAGCCAUGAAUUAACUUAUUUUUUGGAACAAGACAUUUCAAAAUUACGUUGCACUUGUUGCUUUACCUCUUAUCACAUCGCUUAGCCUGCUGUCAAGAGGCACAUCACAAAUUAUCACUCAAUAUCAUCCUCUGACUUAAAUUUAUUUUGAAAAUGCAUAACUUUCCUCCCAAACACAACGGGCACUUGCUGGAAUGCUUUGUACAGCCCAAUGCAUGACUACUAAUCCAAAUUAAAGUUAUAUAAAUACUGUACACUUACACAGUGCAAUUAAGCUUCCUUUGAUGAGGAUAUAUUAGGACACAUUACUAUAUUACAAGGAACACGUAGGUUAUCGUUGCUUAUUUUAUUAAACCAAUUCAGAUUUUACGUGAAUAAUUUUAUUGUUGGGUAUUAUCAGUUCUGCAAUUUACCCUUGUGGCUUUAGGAAUUAAAUAAUCUUACGUGCAUACUGUUUCAGUGUCAAAUUUACGAACCACUGUGUUUGUACGGAUGUCUAUUUACAUGGGGCUGCCUACUUAUCCGGAACGGGAGGUUUAAUUGUUGCUGUUAAACAUUGCACAACACGACUGAAGAAAUUCGCACAGAAGGCCACAAAGUUCGACAAGAAAGCAAAACAAAGUCACGUUCAGCGGCUCGAUAGGAGCAUGCAGGUGGAGUUUUAACGGAUGGCGGAGGCAAACUAGCAGGAUGGAGUGCUUUCGAGGAACUUAAGAUCGAUCACGAAAAGAGAUUAUUGGGAGUUGCAACUUUUUUCAUUGGUGUAUAAUGCUGGCUAUGAUUUGUUCAUAAAAAAAAAACGUGAACACCGACAAAAUGCAAGAAGAGCUGAAAGCUGGCAGAGAAGCAUGGUUAAGACGCAUGCUUGGUGCGUGAUUGACUUGAGCGGGCUUGAACAGGACGACACAACAUCACAUGGCCAUUGGAGGAGAUUGGUGAAAGAUUGACGGCCAAAGGAGGGAAACGCGAACACCCAAGACGACCAUUGCAGAACUGGAGCGAUUAAAAUCGGCACGGCUGCCAUAGUGAGCCGGAUGCUUGCAUCACAGACCCAGGAGAGCAGCAACAUUGGGAUAGCGAAUGGCUGAUGAUUGUACAGAUAGUGUAAGGGUAGUCGAAACGUUUGGGGAAGGGUGGUAAAAUGUUGCACUAACCUAUUGUACGUAUUUCCAAGCCCAUGUUUUUGUUCGGUGACCUAAGGCAUCAACAUGCUUUAUUUUUGCAGUUUUUGUGUAUUUUGUUUGCAUUUUUAAAAAUCCCAAAUUUACACUUCAUUCCCUCUGUAAUGUACCUAUAUACUGCUGCAUAUAUUCAUUCAACGUACUGGAAUUAAGCUUGACAUGAAAACAAAAGCAAUGGCAUUGACCAGCAGGAGUGGGUGUGGUGUUUUCCGUUUUUACAUAACGCCCCAGAAUUGCACAAAUGGUUUAAACGCGUGGUGUGUGAAUGUUGCAACCCUGUGGACGAACGAAAGUAUAAAAAAACACAUGUUUCAAUGUUAUAAACCCGCAAAAAA